UUUCACAACGUUGCAUUUGAUAUUCUCAUCUCAUCGUUAGAAAGAGGUAUUGGCCGUUGAUAUUCUCACCUCAUCGUUAGAAAGAAGACUUGGCCGUUGAUAUUCUCAUCUAAUCGUAAGAAAGAAAAGUUGGCCGUCAUGGAUUGUCGUCUGGUACUUUGUUUGGUCAUCAUUGGACUCGUUUCUCACCAUCAAGUCUCAGCCCAAAGUGGGACGUGCGAAGGGUGCUGUGACUGCGGCCAAGUGGAUGGCGGUUGUUAUUGCGAUCAUAUAUGCAAGUAUCAGCAUGAUUGUUGCUCAGACUACGCGACGCACUGUCUCGACACAGGCGACCCUUGCGAUUCGGUACCCUGUCUAAACGGUGGAUCAUGUGUCAAAUCUGGGAAAUGGCCAUCGUUCGAUUGUUCCUGUCCUUCUGGAUAUUCUGGAAUGAUUUGCGAUGAGUUCGACGCGUGUUAUUCGUCACCUUGUAUGAACGGUGGUACUUGUUAUGGCAGCGGUUUAUCUCAUGAUUGCUCCUGCCCAUAUGGAUACAACGGGUAUAACUGUGAAGACUUCGACCCGUGUGCGUCCUCGCCGUGUUACGGUGGUACUUGUUACAAAGAAGAAGGCGGUGUAUCUUAUUCUUGCACCUGCUCAUAUUGGUACGAGGGGGAUUACUGUGAAGUCUUCAAUCCGUGUGUGUCGGCUCCUUGCCUCAAUGGUGGAACCUGUAACAAUGAGGUAGAAUACGAAAGGGCCUACAGCUGUUCCUGCCCAAACGGCUUUUAUGGAAGUAUCUGUCAAUCGACGAAUGAAAAAGGAUCCUGUGAAGGUAAUUGCGGACUUAGCGAUGGAGAAUGCCGUUGUGAUUCAAGGUGUCAUAUAUAUGGUGAAUGCUGUGUUGACUUCGAUGAGUACUGUGGGGCAGGAUGGGACCAUUGUUUUUCUGCACCCUGUCUGAACAAUGGGACGUGUGACAGCGAUGGAGACUCAUUUUGGUGUACAUGUCCAUAUUCAUUUUAUGGAGCAUAUUGUCAAAGUCAAGGAAACGAGAGUAACCCUUGCCUUUCCGCACCGUGUCUGAACGGUGGGUACUGUUAUAGUGAAUACUUAUAUCACUCAGAUGACACAUAUUUUGAGUGUAGAUGUCGAGAUGGAUACGAUGGAGAAUAUUGUCAAAAUGAAAUAAUCGAGAUCGACCCUUGUAUGUCUGCACCCUGUCUGAACGGUGGGGAGUGUAGCAGCAGGGGAGAAUCAUUUUCGUGUUCCUGUCAAGAUUUUUACUAUGGAGCAUUUUGUCAAAAUGGAAACGGGACCGACCCUUGUAUUUCUGUAGUCUGUCUCAACCUUGGGGUGUGCGUUUACGACACCUAUCGCGACUCAGUACGGUGUGCCUGUCAAAAUGGAUUCUAUGGAGAUCAUUGUCAAGAUGGACGCGGGCCUGACCGUUGCGAUUCUGUAACUUGUCUGAACGGUGGGACGUGUUACAACGGUCGAAAUUCAUUUUGGUGUUCCUGUGAAAGUGGAUACUAUGGACCAUAUUGUGAAAAUGAAUCCAUCGGUUGCGAGUCGAAUCCGUGUAUAAAUGGAGGACGGUGCGAAAGUACUGGGUGGACCGCCUUGGGCUACUACUGUAACUGUCCUUAUUGGUUGAAUGGGCAUCAUUGCGAGAUUGUUAGCGAUUUUGACUGGUGGCAAUAUUACUUCCUAAUGUAGGUAUCUAUGCCUAUUAUGGAGUAUAAACGAUAACACGACUGUAGCCUAGAAGCACUAUGAGCAUUGGAAAAUGAGGAGGCAAACCAAACAAUAAGAAAUCAUCUAUUCGACCGUGACAUGAGUAACAUUUGAAGAAAAUUAAAUUAAAUCAAUUCAAUUUAUUUGGCAUCAUUAAUCGAAAAAAAUCAAGUAUAAAUCAUCAAUAAAGAGUCAAUAAUAGGCCAGGACCUCUAAGAAGCCAUUUGCGCUUUUAAAUAAAGCCCCCUCUCAAGUUAAACACAAUAUUGGAUUAAAUUACAAAAUAAAUUAAACUUACAAUGUAUUAUUCAUGGAUUUUUUCCCCUAAGCAUGUAACUUCCCUAAGUCACAUUUAAAUUUCAAAAUCGUAGUUAGAUGAAGACUCUUUAAACGGAUUUUGCUCUGAUAACCACUUCGUGGUCAGAAACAUCUCUGUUUAUGUCUCAUCUCUCAUUUCAAUGAAUUGUAAAAUGUUUUGUUUGACUCAAUAAAAAAGCCUAUGGAUGGCUAAAACGUUACCUAAAGAAACGUCUGAAUAUGAAUACAUUUGAAAGAUCUGACAUAAAUAAUCAUUAACAGCGGCAUUUUCAAUUGAUGUACGAUUUCAUACCCACAUCCAGAAUUCCAACUUUUAGGUUAAAAUUGACAUUAUAGCGCAUCAACUUUGAUUGUAGUACUUGAUUUUGCAUGAUUAAUAUUGUUCUUUGAUUUUGAUAAUUAAGUCAUUCAUUCUAAUAUAUAAAUGUUAAAGAAUAUUAAACAAAAUAUCAUGAAAACGAUUCAUAUCAGUGAGGGUUUCAAUAUUUGUAUUCAUAUAAGCAGUUAGGGCAUUUGUAUACGUUAUUGAAUCCAUUGCAAACCACCUAUAACGUGCAUAUUAGCAGUUUGUUAACGUCCCAUACGUCUUUUAAAAACAACGCACUGCUAGCUUAAUAUGUUUCGAGUACUGUAUUUCAGAAAAGCUUAGUUUACCACAAAAUAAACUAGUCCACUAUCUGAAAUUCGAGUUCUUAAAAAAAAAAAAAAUUGAAUUUGAAUUAUUUAUCUGUCGGAGGUUUCUCCAAUGUAUUAUGUAACCAUUAUCAUCAUCGUAAUAAAUCACUGUUGGUCUCACCUCAA